AUUUGCUCAUGACUUGGAAGAAAUGAAGAAACAGAAUCCGAGCUGGAAGUAUGCUCCUCAUAAACGUACAGGUCAUGAUGAAAUAGAACCCAUGCCUAGUAGACUUAGGCCUAGAGACAAACUAAAGAGAAAGUUUUCGCCAUAUUUGAUCAAAACAUCAUCUGCAAAGAAAAGUCGUUUAAGUCCGAGAAUUAAGAAGACUGGAAGGAAAGGAGCAAUCAUGAAGUGCACUAUAUGUUCCAAGUACCAACAAAUUUAUGGAGUUCCCGCCAAAAACAUACAGAACCUUCAGUCACUGUGGUUUUGUGGUCUAAAUCCAGAUCCAAACAAUAGUUCAUGCUUCGAAAAAUCAGCAUCUGCUACGAAAAAUCUUAUAUCUUUGUCAGAAACAGCAACUAUCAAAACCAGUGGACCUUUCACCUCGGUAGUGUCAAGGUCAUGCAAUAGUGCUGCCGCCAAACCACAAUAUAAACCAUUAAAUGAGAGUUCUACGGUGCGUUCAUCAAAUCAUUGUAAGCAGACAACAAGUUCUCCUGGUCUGACAUCGACUGUGGUAUCAAAUAGAUCAACGGCUCGGAAAAAGAGUAACUACUGUCAAGGUAAUGAUUCAAAAUUUCAGCCAAACAGAAUGAAUGAAGAACAUGGAAAACAAGCUGGUGUUGGACCAUCUCCAUUAACAAGUACUUUGAAAUCAUUUGACGUACCAAUAUCGCUUACCCCAUCUAAAAUAGUAGGCAGAACAGUUUUACCUUUUCAGGAUCAAAGUCCGGAAAGACGAUGUCAAAUUUCCAACUGCAUAACGUCCAUAGCCUCCACGAUAACAACACCGAUAUUAAAUACUAUUGGUAUCCAGCCCAUUUUAUCUUUAGUACCGCCUACCACAAUGCAGAUGUCAUUGAUGCCAAACCGCGAGUCUGGAUUAGGCUGCUCUCAAAUUGUACCUGAAACGCAAAACAUCUUAAGUAAUUUCAAUGCUUUCUUAUCGUUCUUACCAGCCUCAGUAUCAGUUAAUACUGGUACACAAGAAGGAAACACGACCAGUCUGCCUACGACAACAAGUAUACCAGAAACCAGUCAGACUGCCAUUGCAUCGAUUGGAAGAUCCGUCACAACAGUUGCUGGAACGAACGCAUUUCCUGCUGGCGCGUAUAUAACAGUCAUUCCAAAGUCUCUGUGGUAUUCCUUGUCACAAAGAAAGCCAUGACAAUACUGCUUUACGCAAUUGAAGCUAUUGAUCUGUUUUACUAAUAUAAAUGCACAUAGUUGAAAAAAUAAACCUAAUAUUUAGUUUUGAGAUUCAAAACUGAUGAUCUACUGAAUACAUGCUGUCAUUGGUUAUGUUUUAUUGCAUCAGGAUUUUUAUUUCGUUUUGAAGCAGAAGAUAUGAAAUUUAAUAAUUUUAGCUAAUACAGAGCCUCUUGUUUGUACUAUUGAAUGGAAAAUUAAGAAUGGAAUUGUCUAAUAUAGAUGAUCUGGUAGGAUGUCCGAAAAAAAAUGACUAUAGCAACAAUGAGUAAUUCUAUAAGUAAUGCAUAGAUCUUUAAAUUGGUCAUGCUGUAUGUGAAGCAGUGUGUAAGUAGAAUGAAAUCUACGUAAUUAUGAUAAUGAACUACUUAAUUAUUUGUAUAAAUUUGGAAUUGAUGCACGUAUGAAUUUUUAUUUUAGACUGGUUGUUACAAUAUA